GGCUCCAGAGGUUGAUGAGAAGCCCUCUUAAUUUGAACAACCUGUAGAAGAACAUAUCCAGGUGUUUCCUGCUGACAGGAAUGCAUUUUACUUUUAUUUUGUUAUAUGUCUUUCCCCAAAAGUAAGUGUGUAAUAACAUCUAAUCUGUUUCUAGCUUGAUUUCUGGUUCUUCUUUUGCAGGAAUGACUUUGUGGGACCCUGAGGACCUUAAAAAACAUAUUGAACAAAGACCACAGAGCUAUAAUGAGUUUGAUAUAGUUGCAUCUGAAUCAAUUGAGGACAAAUCUGAAGCACUAAAUGUUGAAGCAUCGCUGAAGGCAAGUUUCUUGAGUGGACUGGUAGAGGUUAGUGGAUCAGCCAAAUACCUGAACGAUACUAAGACUUCCAAAAAUCAGGCCAGAGUAACACUGAAUUACAAAACUACCACAAACGUCCAACUACUGUCCAUGAAUCAUCUUGGGAGGGGCAAAGUUAAGCAUCCAUAUAUAUUUGAUCAAGGAAUAGCGACACAUGUAGUCACAGGUAUCCUUUAUGGGGCAAAAGCCUUCUUAGUAUUUGACCGUGAGGUGUCUGUCAACGAGAACCAUCAAGACAUUCAGGGCGACUUGAAGGUGAUUAUCAAGAAAAUCCCCUGCUUUUCAAUAGAGGGCGAAGGCUCGCUGAAAAUGGAAGACAAGGACAAAAAAAAAGUUGAGAAUGUGUCCUGCAGAUUCAUUGGAGACUUUUUGAUUCAGAAACCUCCAACAUCCUUUCAGGAUGCAAUAGAGGUGUACCAAAGUCUGCCAAAGCUGCUGGGAGCCAACGGGGAAAACGCAGUACCAGUGAAGGUCUGGCUGUUGCCUCUGACAUGUUUAGAUUCUUCUGCCGCUAAACUUGUCCGUCAGAUAAGUAUAGGAUUAGUUGAAGAAUGUCAGAGUGUCCUGGAGGACUUCAGUAACCUGGAAAUGAGGUGCAAUGAUGCACUGAGAACCCAAACUGCACAGCAGUUCCCACAGAUUGGAAAAAAACUCAAAACCUUUAAACAGAAGUGCUCUGAGUUCAAACUGGAAUUCCAACAAACUCUGGCAAAGAAACUUCCAUCAAUCCGAGGAGGAGGAGAAGAAGAAGCUGUGCUCGCAGAGGAACUGAGGAAGACAUGUUCUUCUCCUUUCAACAGCAAGGACCUGAACGAGUGGAUGGACUGCAAGGAGAUAGAAAUAUACACCGUGAUGUCUCUGACCGACAUGAUGACAAACACCAAGAUCAUCUCAUCUCAAACAGACCUGUACAAAGAAAGCUUCCAAGCAGAGCAGGCUGUGUGUUUUGUCUUCACCUCGCUGGGAAGUGAUGAACCGUACCUCUCAACUUUAUCAAACUACCUUCAACAAACACCCAAACUAGACGAUGCUCAAGAUCCCCCCCCUCCAGAUCAAUGGUACAACUCAAGAAGAGAAAUGGAAGCAAUGGGGCAUAAAGUAAAGCUCUUCAGUGAUUUUGCAGAGGCCAACAAGGAGAACAAGAACAUCACAUUCCUGACGGUGGGUUUAACAAACGAGACACAGAGAGGUGCCAGCAUCUGCCUUUAUACAGACGGCCUUUCUGUCACUGAGAACUUUGAGCCGCCUUCAAAGCCUGCAACAGUAACAGGAAGUGAUAUAAACCACAACAGUGUGACGCUGAACAUUUCUCCACCCAGAUUUGGAGCAGAGGACAUCUCCUCCUACUCUGUUGAGUACUGUGUCAGUGGAAAGGACGACUGGAAACAAAAGACAGCAUCCAAAGCUGAAGAAGUCACAGUGAGCGGCCUGAGUCCUAACACAGAGUACAUGUUCAGAUGCAGGGCAGAGACACCAGUAGGUGCCGGGCCAGCCAAUGAAGUCAGUGGAUCCAUUAAAACCUUACCCUGCAGCCCUCCUGGAAAACUCCACGUUGAAUCUACCUCAGGUGAGAUAUCAGUCAGCUGGGAGAAACCUGCUGAGCUCGGACAAGAUGUCCACGUUUUGAGAUACAUCGUGGAGUACGCCAAACCAGACCAACAGGUGAAAGAGGAAGAUCUCCACUGGGAGCAAAUGAUGGCAGGAGCUGAGAAGGCGAUCAUUUCAGGACUUCAGCUAGAGACAGAAUACGCUGUCAGGGUCAGGUGUGAUUGUGGUACAGCUGGAAGAAGCAAAGAAAGCAUCGCUGUUAAUGUCCGCACAACUAAACGUGCACAUCUCAAAGAAUUCCUCAAAAGUAAAAGCAAAAAGAUCAAUUCUGAAUCUCCCUCAGUUUACAAACUGCCUCUGACAGAAGAAGACAUGCACAUCAAAGGAUGCCGGAGGUACAACUUUGGCAAAGAAAGCAUCAGGGAUAAUCGCACAAUAAUGAUUCUCGGAGCAACUGGAUCUGGAAAGUCCACUCUGAUCAAUGGACUCAUCAACUACAUCGUUGGUGUAGAGUGGGAGGACGAUUUCAGAUUCAAGUUAGUUGAUGAGGAUCAGUCGAGAUCUCAAGCUGAGAGCCAGACCUCUGAAGUCACUGUGUACAACAUCAACCACCAAGAGGGCUUUAAAAUCCAUUUCUCUCUGACCAUCAUUGAUACUCCAGGCUUUGGAGAUACAAGAGGAAUAAAAAGAGACAAGGAGAUCACAGAACAGAUACGUAAUCUCUUCUCUUCAGAGCGUGGCGUCAGUGAAAUUGACGCAGUGUGUUUUGUAGUUCCAGCUUCUUCAGCUCGGCUCACACCAACACAGGAGUAUGUGUUUGAUUCUGUGCUCUCAAUCUUUGGCAAAGAUGUGGCAGAUAACAUCCAGGUUCUGGUGACAUUUGCAGACGGCCAACGCCCACCAGUUCUAGAGGCGAUCAAAGCUUCAGGUGUCCCAUGUCCUAAAACAAAAGACGGGCUGCCAGUUCACUUCAAAUUCAAUAACUCUGCAUUGUUUGCACAGAACCAAUCAUCUGCUGCUGCUGACUUGAGUGGAGAGGAGGUAGAUGGAGGCUUUGAAAAGAUGUUUUGGCAAAUGGGGGCACAAAGCAUGAAGACGUUCUUUGCCGCUUCAGAUAAGCUAACAACCAAAAGCUUGACCAUGACAAAGGAAGUCCUCAGAGAAAGAAAGCAGCUCCAGAUCUCAAUUGAAAAUGUGCAGAAGCAGGUUAAAGUAGGGUUAGCCCAGCUUGAGACGAUUAAUGGGACAACUGAACAACUUAAACUGCAUGAAGCAGAGAUCAGCAGAAAUGAGCAAUUUGAGAUUGAAGUAGUCGUCAUGAGGCCUUUUAAAGAAGAUAUAUCUGGCUCUGGACAGUGCAUAAACAACUGUCAGGUGUGUUGUGUCACCUGUCACUAUCUAUGUCCAUAUGCCAAUGAUGCAGAUAAAAUGAAGUGUGUAGCAAUGGGAUCAGAUGGAAACUGUACUCAGUGUAAAGGCAAAUGUCAUUGGAGUAAACAUUUUUUGCAGAAGUACAGAUGGGUGUAUAAGGAGGUUAAAGAAAAGCAUACAGUGAAGGAGCUGAAAGAAAAGUACCUGAAAGCCUCAGAGGCUAAGGGAACUGUUCAGGAAAUGAUCGACAGAAUCAAGUCUAAAUAUCAGCGUCUUCAGGCUGAAGUGAUGGAGAUGAUGAAGAGGUCUGUCAAGUCUAUAAACAGACUAGGAGAGAUCGCACUGAGGCCAAAUCCUCUCUCCACUCCAGAGUACAUUGAUAUGCUGAUUGAGGGAGAGAAAUCUGAGGCCAAUUCAGGCUGGAAGGAACGAGUCCAGUACCUGAUGGAGAUGAGAGGACAAGAAGAGCUCAUGGGUAAAGCAAGGAGAGGAGAAAACCUGCUUCAAAGUGAAUAAUCUUUAACUGAGGGCAACAUCAAGACCAGCUCCAACUGAGACCAAGACAAGAGCUGAACAUGAUAUCAAAGAAGAGACGUGUGUAUACACAAUUAAACAAGACAGGAUAGUGAGUGAUACUGAUCAAGAGUCCUUGAUGGCCAACACAACCAAGUGAAGAUGACACAAAUGUUCAUGGGACAUUUUUUUUUUUAUUCUGUUCUUACAAAGUUAUUGUUUAACUGUUUUUUUUAAUUACAUGACAUGUCA